AUGAAUAUAGAAGUUCAAGAUUCAAAUGAGAUUGAAGAGCAUGUUACAUAUGGUUUGGAAGAGAUUUUGGAUUUGCAUGGAACAGAACAAGAUAGUUUGAUAAUAGUCAUGGAAAAUUGGCGAAGACAAAGAGAUAUGUGUGUCAUACAACUUAUCUGCUAUAUUGUCUAUGCAUUGCAUCUAUUAAAUAGACAAGCCUCGAAUGGAUCUUCAGGGUUGAGUUUUCAAGUGAGAGAGGAGAAAAGAAGAGAUUUUUUGAAAGAAUUACAUGACCAUGAAGUUGCAUGUCGUGCAACAUUACGCAUGGGAGUACAAGCUUUUGCUCUUUUUUGUGAAAAAUUACGGAGUACGGGAGUGUUGCAAGAUUAUAAUCGUGCCACAGUGGAAGAGCAAGUAGCGAGAUUUUUGUCUAUUCUUGCCCACACUGGUGGCAAGUAUCGCAAUCUGGCUUUCUACUAUCGUCGAAGUAUUGGGACUGUCAGUAGGCAUUUUCAUAAUGUCUUGCGAGCUGUGAUAAGUUUAGCACCUCAAUUCAUGAAGCAACCUAAUGCAACAACGCCGGUGUCCUCCAUAAUAGGCAAUAACUCUAGAUUUUUUACGUACUUCAAGGAUUGCAUUGGGGAUAUUGAUGCUGGGUGGGAAGGGACUGCAUCUGAUUCAAGGAUUUUAAAAGAUGCAUUGGCUAGACCACAUGGGCUUGUAAUACUGGAAGGGAAAUUCUAUCUUGAGGAUGGUGGGCUAAUGUUACGUGCUUCGUUAUUAACACCAUACAGACGUGUUCGGUAUCACUUAAAGGAGUAUUCACGUAAUGGUCCUAAGAAUGCUAAAGAAUUGUUCAAUCAUCGUCAUGCUAGUCUACGUAACUCGAUUGAAAGAUGUUUUGGGGUGGUGAAAAAGAGAUUUCCUAUUAUUGGCACUGGUAUGGAGCCACAAUAUUCUUUCGACACAACUACCAACAUUAUCCUAGCUUGUUGUAUCAUACAUAACUUUCUUAUGGGAGUCGACCCCGAUGAGCAGCUAAUUGCAGAAGUUGAUCGAGAGCUAGCGAGGAUCCAAAGGCAAAAUGAGCCACAAUGUGAAGAGGAAUCAAGAGUUGGGGUAGAAUUACGUGAUAGUAUAGCGGAACACAUGUGGCAUGAUUAUAAUAUACAACAAGGAAGCACAAUGAGCAAACGAAGAAAAGGGAAGCAGACAAUUGUGGGGGAGACAUCCACUAAGGAGAACCUACAAUGGACAAAGGAGAUGGGCACUGCUUUGCUGGAAAGUUUACUAGCCGAGCAACGUAAGGGGAAUAGGCAAGAGCGCAUGUUCACAACUCAUGCUUAUAACAAUUGCUUUGCGUGGGCUGUUUUCGCAUAA